AUGGAAAAAUUUCGAAAACCUCUCUUGAAACCGAAAAUAGGGGAAUCAUCGCCUGGAUCUCUUUCUCGCCCAACCGAUACGCCUGAGAGUGGUGAUGAAUUCUAUGAACCAGCUCAGGAAAAUGCAUUUCUCGGGGGCGACAGAACACCGUUUUUUUCAGAAGGUAGUCGAUACUCUGCCGCCGAGGCCGCUCAUUCGUCUCCCAAUUUUCGCAGCUCCAAAUACCCAGAAUUGAUGGAACUGGAGGCAUUUUCAGCAUGGAAGCAGAGCGAGGGAGCCACUUUGCCAGCGUCGGAGAUCAAAAAGAUCAUGAUGAAGCUUCAAAAAGUCUUUGGAUUCCAGGAAGAUAGUGUGCGCAAUAUCUAUGAGUAUCUCAUGACUCAACUCGAUUCAAGGGCUCUGAGAAUGGGCCCUGCAAACGCUCUUCGUACCCUCCAUGCGGACUACAUCGGGGGAGCUAACUCCAACUACCGGAAAUGGUAUUUUUCAACUAAAAUGGAUAUGGAAGAUCCCGUGAACCGCUUUGUUGGAGGAAAGGGAAUGCGCCGGGGCGCAAACGAAGAAAACGAAUUGCUUGAUUCGGAGGAGCAUUGGAAUAAAGCAAUGGUUCGGCUCAGUGAAACUGAUUACAUCGUUGAUAUCGCGUUGUACCUCUUGAUCUGGGGCGAAGCCAACAAUCUCCGUUUUAUGCCCGAAUGUGUUUGCUUCAUUUACAAAUGCUGCAUCGAUUAUUAUAGAGGAAAUCUGCACCAAACAAGCGUCUCGAAACCAUUUUUGGACCACAUAAUCACACCCAUCUACCUCGUCUUGAGACAGCAGUCUUACUCCAUCUCAGAGGGAAAAUUGACUCACAUUGACAAGGAUCACUCGUCUAUCAUUGGCUAUGAUGAUAUGAAUCAAUUGUUCUGGCACAGAGAGGGCAUUUCGAAAAUUAAGGUGUACGGAGAACAGGGUAGCCAAUCUAUCCUUGAAAUUCAACGGCAUGAGCGCUACGAAGCCCUUGGUUUUGUUCGUUGGGGAAACGUUUUCCUGAAAACGUUUCGGGAAACCCGUUCGUGGAUGCAUGUCAUAGUGAAUUUCAGCCGUGUCUUACAUGUCCACCUAGCAGUAUUCUGGAUUUUUACCUCCUUCCAUUCUUACCCAUUGUACACGUCAAAAUAUGAUGUUCAAUUUGACAACAAACCCUCGACUCAAGUCCGACUUACCGUUAUGGCUUUGGCAGGAGCUCUUCUUGCAAUCGUCUCUCUCUUUGCAUCAUUCUUUGAAGCUCACUAUGCGCCUCGCAGAUGGCCCGGCUCAUACCCAAUUGUCUGGCGUAUUCUCUGUCUUGUUCUUUUAUUGGCCCUCAAUGUAACUCCGACCAUACUCAUUUUUGCAUUGAGACUUACUAGAGUCGGCGACAAAAUGGGUAUGUUGAUUUCAGUAAUUCAUGUGAUUCUUGGGGGAGUGACCACCCUUUAUCUUCUGUUUAGGCAACCUGUUCGAUUGUUUGGGUCGAGAAUGAAAGGACUCAGACUGGAAUUGUCAUCUCAAAAUUUCAUGAGCAGCUUCCAUCGCUUAUCAGAUACUGGUGAGCUAGUUUCUAUCUGCUUAUGGCUCUGUGUCUUCAGUCUGAAGUUUGUCGAGUCAUACUUUUUCCUUUCUUUGCCCCUAAAAAUUCCAAUCAAGCAGCUUAGUACCAUGCGAUCUCAGUGCCUUGGUGAUAGAUGGUUUGGUUCAACCGUUUGUCAGCUUCAACCGUUAAUAGUCCUCUUGCUUGUCUACUCUCUAGAGCUUGUGUUGUUCUUGCUUGAUACAUACCUUUGGUAUGUCAUCUGGAAUGCAGCAUUUUCAGUCUUCAGAGCUUUACGUAUUGGCACAUCCAUUUGGACUCCUUGGCGAAAUGUAUUUGCAAGGUUGCCAAAACGUAUGUCCUCCCGUCUUCUCGUUGCCGCACCACAUGGAAAAGCUCAGAAACUUGCAUCUGUGGCUGAAUUAUGGAAUCUGAUCAUAAUAGCGAUGUAUCGAGACCAUUUCAUAUCUAUCGAGCAGGUUAACAAGUUGGUAUACCCUCUGGAUCCCGAUGAUCAGAUACUUGAGCCAGCUUUCUUCAUUGCCCAAGAAGACAGUAACGAUAGUCUGUCUAUUUUGAUAGCAGGAUCAGAAGCUCAAAGACGUAUUGCUUUCUUUGCCCAAUCUCUUACACUCUCGUUGCCCGAUGUUCGUGAAGUUGACACAUUGCCUAGUUUUUCUGUGCUCAUUCCUCAUUACAGCGAGAAAAUCCUUUUGCUGUUGAAAGAGAUAGUGCAAGAAGGUGAUAAAUAUUCACACAUGACAUUGCUUGAGUACCUUAAACUGUUGUAUCCCCAAGAGUGGGAGAACUUCAUGCAAGAUACUGCUAAGAUGGCAAAAGAGGAAUUCGAAGAGGGCGACGAAACAAACUCUGCAUUCAUUGAUUCCUUGGUCUUAAAGGAUGAGUCUCCAAUGUAUGUAUUGAGGACUAGGGUUUGGGCACUGCUUCGAGCUCAAACCCUCUAUAGGACUGUUUUGGGAUUCAUGAAUUAUCAGCGUGCCAUUAAAAUUUUGUACAACAUUGAACAUAAUGGCAAAGAUAAUAGCACGAGCACUGAAAGUCACUUCAAAAGCCUUCAUCAGCAGGCGUGUCGAAAGGUUCGUAUUGUGGUAGCCAUGCAACGGUACAAAGACUUCUCUCCUGAAGAGCAUGAAUGUACAGAGAUACUACUUUCGACACACCCUGAGGUAAAGAUUGCAUACAUUGACCAGGAUUUUGAUAUUGAAAAGCAAGAGAUUGUUUACUACUCUUGUCUUAUCGAUGGUACUUGUGCUAAGAGAGCCGGCAGAGGCAGAUACCCAAAGUUCCGUAUAAAAUUAUCGGGAUAUCCAAUUUUAGGAGAUGGAAAAGCUGAUAAUCAAAACUUGGCAUUGAUAUUUUGUCGCGGAGAGUAUUUGCAACUCAUCGACGCCAAUCAAGACAACUAUCUUGAGGAAUGCCUCAAAAUCAGAAGCGUGUUGGCUGAGUUUGAAGAGCAGCAAAUGCAAGAUCCAUAUGAUUCGUCUUCUAAGAAACGGAUUCCUGUAGCAAUUGUCGGGACAAGAGAAUACAUCUUUUCCGAAAACACUGGGAUCCUAGGAGAUAUUGCCGCAGGAAAAGAGCAAACUUUUGGAACCCUCUUCGCACGCACGCUUGCCCAGAUAGGUGGAAAGCUUCAUUAUGGUCAUCCUGAUUUCCUCAAUUCUGUUUUUAUGACAACAAGAGGAGGCGUCUCCAAGGCACAAAAGGGUUUGCAUUUGAAUGAAGAUAUCUAUGCUGGAAUGACAGCACUUAUUCGUGGUGGCAGGAUUAAGCAUUGUGAAUACAUGCAAUGUGGAAAAGGCAGAGAUCUAGGAUUCACUUCAAUCCUGAACUUCAUUACAAAGAUUGGCGCCGGUAUGGGUGAGCAAAUCUUGUCUCGAGAGUAUUAUUUCUUAGGAACGCAAUUACGACUUGACCGUUUGCUUCUGUUCUACUAUGCUCAUCUCGGCUUCCACUUGAAUAACUACUUCAUCAUCCUUUCGAUCCAACUUUUCCUUUUGACUGGUAUCAAUGUGGCAGCGCUUACCAAAGAGUCCAUCAUAUGCGAAUAUGAUGCUUCACUGCCAAACUCUUACCCAAAAAACCCACCAAACUGCAAGGAUUUGAUUCCUUUGGUUGUAUGGUUGGAAAAAACUGUGUGGUCAAUAUUCCUCGUCUUCAUACUCUCACUUGUACCUCUUGCUGUCCACGAAGUGAGUGAAAGAGGACUUGUCAAGGCUAUUACACGUACUUCCAAACAUGUAUUGUCAUUGUCUCCCUUAUUCGAAGUCUUUGUUUGCCGAAUCUAUGCGCAAUCUUUAGGAAAUGAUAUAGCCAUUGGAGGUGCUCAGUAUAUUGCCACAGGAAGAGGAUUUGCAACCACAAGAUCUAAUUUUGUGGAUCUUUACACCAGAUUCGGUCACGAGCUGAUCACUUUUGGCGCACUUCUCAUUCUUUAUGUCAUAUACUUGUCCCUUAGCAUAUGGCUGUAUGCGUACAUAUUUUUCUGGAUCACAAUAUCUGGAUUCUUGUUUGCCCCAUUUGUCUUCAAUCCGGGACAGUUUUCCGCGACCCGCUUCUUUGUCGACUACGUAUCCUUCAUUAGAUGGCUCUAUUCCGGAAAUAGAACAAACACUCCAGAAACAUGGAUAGAGUUCACAAAAAUAGAGAGGAGCAGACUCACGGGUGUCAAGCUGAAAAUUUUGUAUGGAUCGGGCAAAGUCAAGCAUACAAACUUCGUACGUCCUUCCCGAGUUAACGUUUUACUCUCGAAAACCCUACCCAAGAUAAUAAGUGGAUUGUUUGUCGCCUUGGCAUACUUAUUUGCAAAUAGUCAAAACGAGUCUGCAUCAGGAAGGCCAUCGCAAGCAGCGACUAGAAUUGCAAUCAUUGCACUCGCACCACUCUGCUUGAAUAUGGCUCUUAUGGUUGUCGUUUUUGUUUUCAACAUCGUUUUUGGGUGGAUUCUAUCGAUUUUCAUCUCUAUAUAUCCAGCCUUCAUUGCUGCAGUUGCAAGGACUUUGUCGAUAUUGAUACACUUUGUAUCAUUGAUGUAUCUCUGGCAGUUCCAGAACUAUCACUUCGCGCAGACUAUAUUGGGAGUUGCCCUCACAUGUGUGAUCCAAGAUUUGAUUAUGGAAUUAUUGACUAUCUUAAUGCUAAGUCGAGAAGUCAUGGAUCAGCGACCCAAUCAUGCAUGGUGGUCCGGUCAAUGGAUCAAAGCUGGUCUAAGCUGGAGAACAUUGACUCAGCCAUGGAGAGAAUUCAUCUGCAAGGUCACUGAACAGACGCAAUUUGCAAUGGACUUCGUCACUGGCCACCUAGUGUUUUUUGCGCAAACACCAUUGCUUAUUAUCCCGUUUAUUAACACAUGGCACACAGUAAUGUUGAUGUGGAUUAAGCCAAAUACGCAUUUACGGCAACAACCACCUCGAGCAAAGGUAUCAAAAGGCAAUGUUGUAUUUUGUGGAUUUGUUUACAUUUCAGCCUUGAUCUGCUUUGCAUUGCUCGUUGCGCUGGUGGCGCUCAUCCCCAUUAUCAAUUGGCCCGCUUUAGAUAUUCUCAUUCCUCCAGUAUUGAAGCCGCUCAUGCAACCCAUCCAACGGGCGGGCCCAAUCAUCAAAGGGUUAAGGAAAGAGUUGUUCAUAAAGUCGAGAGCUCAAAGUGUCUAG